GGCUUGUAGCUCGAGUUAAUAAACAGUUAAGUUUGGAAGACUCGGCAGACACGUUGAGGGGGAGUUACCAAGCCCAGGCAGCAAAAACAUCCCGCCGCUGCAUUCCUGGAGAGUCCUCAGCGCCAGCAUCUGAUUAGAACCAUAUCUCAACCCGGGAGUGGCCGCGCGGCUCCGAGGCUCCCGGCCGGCGGCUAUUUAAGCGGGGCCCUCCGUGUCCUCGGCGCUGCAGCCUGGAGGCUCCGGGCGCGGGGAAGUCAUGCUGGCUCCGCAGAGGCACUAGCUAGUCAGUCGUAAAGGAUAUGUAAUCAAAGGAAGCCAAAUACCUUCAGGACAAUAACAAUGUCAUCAAAGUCGUACCUUAUCUAAGCGUGGUAGCACAAGCCGUUCAACACUUGGGUAGCUGAAGCCAGAUGGUGUGCAUUGUGUCCAUUUGAGACCUGCCCAUCGGGGACUGCCUGGUAUUUGUGAGUGUCUGCUGCUGGGUUUUCUGCUUGCCUUCCUGUCAUGUCUAACGAAGCAGAAACAAGCACAACCAACGGUCAGCCUGACCAACAGGCUGCACCGAAAGCACCAUCAAAGAAGGAAAAGAAGAAAGGUUCUGAAAAGACAGACGAGUAUCUGUUGGCCAGGUUCAAAGGAGAUGGUGUAAAGUACAAGGCCAAGCUAAUCGGUAUUGAUGACGUGCCCGAUGCAAGAGGAGACAAAAUGAGCCAGGAUUCUAUGAUGAAACUCAAGGGAAUGGCAGCAGCUGGUCGCUCUCAGGGACAACACAAGCAAAGAAUCUGGGUCAACAUUUCCCUGUCUGGCAUAAAAAUUAUUGACGAGAAAACUGGGGUAAUUGAGCAUGAACAUCCAGUAAAUAAGAUUUCCUUCAUUGCUCGUGAUGUGACAGACAACAGAGCAUUUGGUUAUGUCUGUGGAGGAGAAGGCCAGCAUCAAUUUUUUGCCAUAAAAACAGGGCAACAGGCUGAACCAUUAGUCGUCGAUCUUAAAGACCUUUUUCAAGUUAUCUAUAAUGUAAAGAAAAAGGAAGAAGAUAAGAAAAAGGUUGAAGAAGCCAACAAAGCAGAAGAGAAUGGGAGUGAGGCUCUAAUGACCCUUGAUGAUCAAGCUAACAAACUGAAACUGGGUGUUGACCAGAUGGAUUUGUUUGGGGACAUGUCUACACCUCCUGACCUAAAUAGUCCAACAGAAAGCAAAGAUAUCCUGUUAGUGGAUCUAAACUCUGAAAUCGACACCAAUCAGAACUCUUUAAGAGAAAAUCCAUUCUUAACAAAUGGAGUCACCUCCUGUUCUCUCCCUCGACCAAAGCCUCAGGCACCCUUCUUGCCUGAAAAUGCCUUUUCUGCCAAUCUCAACUUCUUUCCCACCCCUAAUCCUGAUCCUUUCCGUGAUGAUCCUUUUGCACAGCCAGACCAAUCGGCACCCUCUUCGUUCGAUUCUCUCACAUCUCCAGAUCAGAAGAAAGCGAAUCCGAGUAGCUUGCCUACUCCACAGAGUAAAGGGCCCCUGAACGGUGAUACUGAUUACUUUGGUCAGCAAUUUGACCAGAUCUCUAACCGGACUGGCAAACAGGAAGCUCAGGGAGUCCCAUGGCCCUAUCCAAGUUCGCAAAUGCAGCAAGCAGUGAGAACUCAAAAUGGGGUAUCUGAAAGAGAACAGAACGGCUUCCAUAUCAAAUCUUCCCCGAAUCCUUUUGUGGGAAGCCCUCCCAAAGGACUAUCGGUACCGAAUGGCGUCAAGCAGGACUUGGAAAGCUCUGUCCAGUCCUCAGCACAUGACUCCAUAGCCAUUAUCCCACCUCCACAAAGUACCAAACCAGGAAGAGGCAGAAGGACUGCUAAGUCUUCAGCAAAUGACUUGCUUGCUUCAGACAUCUUUGCCUCAGAACCUCCAGGCCAGAUGUCUCCCACAGGACAACCUUCAGUCCCACAGUCGAACUUUCUGGAUCUCUUCAAAGGCAGCGCUCCUGCCCCAAUGGGGCCCCUUGUAGGUCUAGGUACUGUCCCAGUAACACCCCCCCAAGCAGGACCUUGGACACCUGUUGUCUACAGUCCUUCGACAACUGUGGUACCAGGAGCCAUAAUAACUGGCCAGCCCCAGGGUUUUGGUCAGCCACUCGUUUUUGGUACAACCCCAGCAGUCCAAGUCUGGAAUCAGCCUCCAUCAUUCGCAAGCCCAGCUUCCCCUCCCACCCCUGCAGUUUGGUGUCCUACCACAUCUGUGGCACCCAACACUUGGUCAUCCACAAGCCCUCUGGGGAAUCCUUUUCAGAGUAAUACUAUCUUUCCACCUCCCACCAUGUCCACCCAGUCCUCUCCUCAACCUAUGAUGUCCUCUGUUCUGGCCACACCUCCUCAACCACCACCCCGAAAUGGCCCAGUAAAGGACAUUCCCAGUGAUGCUUUCACUGGCUUAGACCCCCUUGGGGAUAAAGAGGUCAAGGAAGUGAAAGAAAUGUUUAAGGACUUGCAGCUGCGGCAGCCACCUCUUGUACCCUCAAGGAAGGGAGAGACGCCUCCCUCUGGGACUUCAAGCGCCUUCUCCAGUUACUUCAACAAUAAAGUUGGCAUUCCUCAGGAGCAUGUAGACCAUGAUGAUUUUGAUGCCAAUCAGCUGUUGAGCAAGAUUAAUGAACCACCAAAGCCAGCCCCCAGACAAGGUGUCCUCUCGGGUACCAAGUCUGCUGACAACUCACAUGAGAACCCUUUCUCCAAAGGGUUCAGCUCAUCAAACGCCUCCGUGGUUUCUCAGCCUGCAUCUUCUGAUGCCCACAGGAGCCCUUUCGGAAAUCCUUUUGCCUAGCUUCUGAAGCCAUAAUGCUGACUAUGCAGAUGGGCAAAAGACUGGCUUUGGUCAAGGACAAAGCAGAGAGCCAGCACCGGGCUGACCUCUACCCUUGCUCCAGCUUUGACGUAUUACCUGUUACCCUGUGUGUCUUGGCCUCUUGUACUUGUAAUACGCCUUUCACUUUCUGUCUAGGCUAAAACUAAACUGAAACUAUGGCUUUACAUAAAUUAAGUUCCUAAACUCUCUAGCUCCAAUAUAAAUGAAGUAGCUUCCCUACCAAAUCCUUGUCUGUUGAGCCCCCUCGAACCUUCCAGAAUAUUCUCCAUUCUACCCUCCCCUUGAGAGGUGCGGCCAUCUUUACCCUUAAUACCACACUGCCUUGAGUAAGUGUCCAAAUCCUCAUAGCUCUCAGUUGGGGUUCCUGGCGUGCAACAUAAACCUACAUCGUUUCUCAGCUCAUUAUAUCAUCUACCAAUCUCGCCCCAAGUGGCGAUUGAUUACAUUUGUUUGACUUGAAGAAGAAAAAGAUCUAACUCAAAACAUAAGGGAUUAUUCAAAGCUAAUAAAACAGUUUCUCCCCGGGACCCCACAUUGUUAUCAUUCCAGACAUUUUGCAGCUGUUUGACCCUGAUGACAUUAUGCCCUACAUUUUCCUUGAAGAUCCUGAUUUUAUUUCAUGUGAUUUUUUUUCUCAAUAAAGAUGAUUAUUGUGUGCAUUACUUUAAAAAAAAAGUAUAAUUUUUCUUUCUUCUGGUGAUUUUUCCCAGGACCUAGGCUAUACCAUUUUUAAUCUCUUGCUGGCUGUUUUAAAUGAGAGGAAAGCAUAAUUUAUCUCUCCCUGUCUUUCUCUCUCUUUCUCUUUCCAUUCAUUUUGCUCCUGGGUUUAUAUAAACAAUACCCACUCUUUACCAGGAACAGAUUUUUCACGAGGCAAAAAGCAUACACCCACUCCAGUCACUGUUAGUCCAGGGGUAGACUUCUGGAAGGUGCACCCUCUUCAGCGUCCCUACGACUUGGGGGACUGUUUUCUUAGAUUGAAGUUUCAUCGAGCAAUUUAAAACAGUAUAGGAACUGGACUCUGCUCAGCAAUAAAGGACUGUAUUCUGAAAGCUAAAUGUGACUGUGACAAACACACCCACAGGCUCCUUACUGGAUGACUAGGCCUUUAUCCAAGUAACCAGAAAACUUUCCUGAAGCCACAAUUAUGGACAAAUAUUUGGGGUUAUCAUUAAAAUCUACUGGCAAUAUUUUCCUCAUAACCUCAGAGACAUACACAGUAGAUUUUCAUUUUCAGGCCUUUUGGUAUACGGGGCUGAAGGGUUUGUUCCUGCCAAGUUGUGUUUUCUUUAGUUUAUGUUGAGGGUUUUUUUUUUUUUAAUAUUAUCUCUUGACCCAAAAUGCUCAGGUUCUUGUGGGUGUGAGUGCAAUCUUACCUACCUUUCGCUGGAAGAGAAUGACUGCUCAGUCUUUAAACAAGGAACCAGCCUUGUGAGCCUCUGUUGAUUAGCCCCAAGUAAUCCACGCUGAAGUCCUGUGGGUUUCUGUUGAACGCUAAUCAUUAAUUAUCUAUGAUAUAUGUUUCUUUUAUUUUCCUGUCUGACUUCCUACUCAGUUGUUAUAAACACAGACUUGAAAUCAUACUUUAAAAAUUCCAAAUACCUGAAGAUGUGCUAAACUGGAGGUAACUCUUUCUAGAUAGUUGAAUUUUUUGAAAGUGAUGAUCAGCCACACAACAGUUUUGUACGUACUUGUCUUCCUGUGCACUUUUCUGUAUGCAAAUAAAGCUAUAAAUUUACUCAUUCAAUAAACUGGAAUGACAAAAAUCUCA